UGCUGCUGUAGCCCAUCUGCUUCAAAGUUGGACAGGUUUACCUAAUAAAGUGGCCGGGUGUUUCCUGUCGCAGAAAUUGAGAUGAGGAUGAGCAGCGCAGUCUUCAGCGUGUGGGAUUAUGUGGUUUUCAUCAUGAUGCUUGCAGUUUCAACAGGAAUCGGGGUUUAUUAUGCGUUUGCUGCGAGAUCUCAGAGCAGCUCGGCUGAUUUUCUGGUGGCCGGACGGAGUUUGUCAGCCCCGCCGGUGGCUUUAUCUCUGACCGCCAGCUUUAUGUCUGCCAUCACCGUUCUGGGGACGCCGGUGGAGGUGUACAAGUACGGAGCCAUCUUCAUCCUCAUCUGCUUCGCUUAUGCUUUUAUGGUAGCUUUGAGCUCUGAGAUCUUCCUGCCCGUCUUCUACAGACUGGGAGUAACAAGCACUUAUGAGGUAUUAUAUACUGGUCUGGUCAUUUAUGCUCCGGCUUUGGCUCUAAAUCAAGUCACAGGUGUAGAUCUCUGGGGGGCUGUUAUAUCCACUGGAGUGGUCUGUACUCUCUACUGCACACUAGGUGGCCUGAAGGCAGUGGUGUGGACGGAUGUGUUUCAGGUUGGCAUCAUGUUAGCGGGUCUAUUGGCUGUGAUCGUUCAAUCAGUGCUGCUGCAGGGCGGGAUCCCAAGGAUCAUCAGUGACUCCGCCCACGGGGGCAGGAUCAACCUAUGGGACUUCGACCCAAACCCUCUGAGGCGACACACUUUCUGGAGCAUCACAGUAGGCGGGACGUUUUACUGGACCAGCUUCUAUGGCAUCAACCAUGCUCAGGUGCAGAGAUACAUAUCAUGCAAGUCCCUGAUCCACGCCAAAAUGGCUUUAUUCAUUAAUUUAGUGACUCUGUGGGUGGUUACUUUUUGCGCAGUGUUUUGUGGCUUGUGUUUAUACUCCGUUUAUAAGAACUGUGACCCGUGGAUGGCAAAAAAGGUGUCUGCUCAAGACCAGCUUAUGCCAUACCUGGUGUUGGACAUCCUGAGUGAAUUCCCUGGUCUGCCAGGGUUGUUUGUGGCAGCGGCAUACAGUGGCACUUUCAUGUUUAUUGUCAACAGUACAGUCUCAUCCAGUGUGAACGCUUUGGCUGCAGUAACUGUAACAGAUGUGCUGCGGCCGUACCUCAGUCUGUCAGAAAAACAGCUGUCCUGGGCUUCAAAGGCCAUGAGUUUGUUUUAUGGUGCUGUGUGCAUCGGAAUGGCUGGCAUUGCAUCUAUGAUGGGAGGAAUGCUACAGGCGGCUUUCAGUAUUUCAGGAGUGAUUGGUGGACCUCUGCUAGGCCUAUUUUCUCUUGCAAUCCUGUUUCCUUGCGCCAACUCAAAGGGAGGUUUGGCAGGACUUGUGUCUGGUUUGGGACUGUCAUUGUGGGUGUGUAUCGGGGCACAGAUUUACCCUCCGCCAGCAGAAAACAGCAGACCGUUGACUCUGAACACACACGGCUGUAACCUCUCUAUGGCACCAGACACCACUAACUGGACUGCAAGCAUGGACAUCUACAGAAUUGAAGAAGAAACUCUAGAAAGGCCUUUGUUAGCUGAUAAUUGGUACUCGCUUUCAUACCUCUACUUUGGCCUGUUGGGAACCGUGACAGCCAUCGCAGUGGGUCUUAUUGUCAGCAUAUUAUCAGGUGGCCAACGGAUGAAACUGCAGCCCGGACUCACGCUAUCAAAAGAGGACCUCACCUGCUACAAAGCCUACAAAAUACUCAAAGCAAAAGUGAGCACACAUUUAUUAUUGCAUAUAUACAGAUGGACAAUCACUCUGUUCUUCUCACUUUUACCCUUUUUGCACUUUAAGGUUUCCGGUAAUGCAGGAAAGCUGGACCUGACAAGGGAGCUGGAGGUAUCAUUGCGCGAAAACAACUGUGAUUUCGGUGAUGUUGAGUUGAGUUAAAUCAAGAUAAAACUGAAAGUUUGAUUUAAAGAGAUAGCACACUCAAAAAUGAAAAUUCUGUCAAUAUCUACUCACUCUCCACUGCUGCUUUAAUUUUGUUGAAUAAAGGAAAAUAUUUUGAAUAUUGUUGGAAACUGACUUUCAUAUAGCGGAUGAAUCCUUCAAAAACAAUAAAUAAAUAAAUAUGCAAAUAUAUAAAUGAGUAAUUAUAUUGAUAAAUUUCCACAUAAAUCAAAUAAUUAAUAAAUAUGCAAAUAAAUAUUGUUUAUAAAAAUCCACAAAUUCUUGCAUAAAUAAUUAUAUAAAUAAUUAAAUUAAUUACACGAAUGUUGGGGGAAUAAGAAAAUGCUUUGUAUUAAAUGAACUGUUUAUGAACGUUGUUGCGUAUUUACUUUACCUUAGUUCAACAUGCUGUUGAGAGGGUGUCUGUUAAUCCGUAGAAGGCAGUAUUUAUGCCAUCAUCGGUUGAUCGUUAGAAAAAUUUAGCAUUCGAUUUUUUUGACUGGCUUCUGAUGAUUGACAGACAGCCUCUCAUUAGCAUGUUGAGCUGAGGAAAAGUAAAUAUGCAGCUGUGCUCAAGAAUUAAUAAACAUUUAAAAGAAAGAGGGGGGAGGGGGAUAAAUAAACUCAGUUUAGCAUUUUUUAUUCCUCCAACAUGUGUAAUUUAUUAAAUUAUUUACCUGCCCGCACUAUUAAUUAUUUCUAUAUUUAUUCAUGCAGGAGUUUCUGGAUUUUUAUUUGCAAUUAUUUAUUUAUUUGCAUAUUUAUUUAUUUACUGUUUUAUUAAUACAGGAAUUUAUGGAUUUAUUUACAUAUUUGCAUAUUUAUUUACUGUUUUUUUUUUCAGGUUUCAUACCCCGAACAUCUGUAGUGUAUUAAUAUACAUAAUUUCUAACAUUUAAAUUCAAUAAAUGUACCUCAUAAAGGUUUGGAACCACCUGUA